AUCCAUACAGGAGAAAAACCAUAUGAAUGCACAAAGUGUAGGAAGAGAUUUAUACGGAAGGAUCACUUGCUGAAACAUGAGAGCAUCCACCGAAAAGUGCGUUCGUAUAAGUGCCGAGUGUGUCAGAAGGUCUUCCGAUGGCUUACACAUCUUCAGUCUCAUCAAAGAACCCACAGGCAAGAAAGCCGUUUCACGUGCCCCACAUGUGGGAAAUCUUUUUCUAAGAAAGGUGAUCUGAAUAGACACCGGAGGAUUCACACGGGAGAGAGACCCUAUGGAUGUCUCGAAUGUGGGAAAUCUUUCCAACAGAAGGAGCACCUUAUGUAUCAUAAGGGAAUCCACAAACAAGAAGAUACUUACAGAUGCCCCAACUGUGGGAAAAGUUUUCACCGAAAGGGACUGCUUGUGUCACACCAGAGACUUCACACUGCAGAGAAACCCUUUGCAUGCUCUGUGUGUGGAAAGGCAUUCCGAGAAAGAGCAUAUUUAAACAAACACCAGAAAAUUCACAUGGCCGGAAG